UACGAAAUGCACUAAAAAACGCAUAACGCGUAAAAUUUGUUUGCAUUUGGUGGCGUCGAUUUUAAUUUUUCGUGUUCGCAGUGUAUUUCCCGGAGGAAAAACCUUUUUUUAUUGGCAAAUCGUGCAAUUCACGGGGUCGCAAAAUGGACAGGCGCAAAAAACGAACCUCUUCGGAGCAAUAUCAAAUGUAUAUCGAGCUCAUGGAGAGCGACCCAAUUUUCGCCAGCGGACGCGUGCCGCGCGAUUAUGAUCUAAAUUAUUUGACGAGGAAAUGGAAAGAGCUCUCCGACAGGCUCAACAAAUGCGGAUCGGGACCGACACUAACAGCCGAAGAAUGGCGCAAGCGCCUAAACGACUGGAAGAACACGACGCGAUGCAAGUACAGACGCAGCCUGAUGUCCAGCGAGAAGGAUAUAUCGAUGUCAUCGCUAGAGACGCGUGCUCUAAAUCUGUUUGGCAAGGUGCCCGGAUCGGGGGAAACGUUGAUGAAUUUGAAAUCGGAGAAAGAUGAUCAGGAGGAUGAUAUGGAGGAUCUGGGACAACGCACAUCGGCCUCGUUCCAAAAGGAACUGCAAGCGGCCGUCGAAGAGGCCAUCAAUGACGAGGAUGAGGAUGAAAUGGUGGAGGAGCAUGUCGAUCAGGAGGAUCUCACCGAUGAGAACAUGCACGAGCCGGGCGGCGGCAUCGACGGGCCCACUGUGGGCGGCACGACGGCCGUGAAUACAAGCGGCGGUGGCUAUCGCACCAUAGUCGUGGACAAUUCCACGUAUGUGGAAGAGGAUCAGGAUCAUGCGGAGCCAACCGCUGAUCCCGUCAAGUUUGUGUGCACGCCCAACAUACACUCGGCCAGCAGCAGCACCACCAAGCUAAUUAACGGUGAAUUGCCCGUAAAGCGAUUACGACGAGAUCAGGUGAUCUACGAAGUUAAAAAUGCGCCGCGCUCCUAUACAACCAUCCAGACGGGCGCCUCGUUGCCGACCCUGCACAACACAAAGAUGCAUCACGAUGGCCAGGCCACCACAUUGGGCGCCGCAUUGAGUGGGCUGGAUGCGCAGGAGAUAGCUCAUCAAUUGAAACGCCUGGCUGACAUCAACUAUGAGACGCUGCAGUUUGAGAUCGCGCGCUUUAAAUUCAAUAAUCCGGGCUUUCACUAUGAGCCGCCGCCAUUAUAGUCAUUGCCCAAGGCACAAGCGCAAAGCAUCAGCAGCAGCACCAGCAGCAGCGUGAGCCGCACACAGCAGCAACAACAUCAGCAGCAGCACCAACAACAGCAACAACAGAAGCAGCAGCAGCAGCAGCAGAAGCAACGGGAGCAACAGCAUAAACAGCGGCAGCACCAUGAGCGAACGAUGGAGACGAAGAAGAAAUAGUUCUAGUUUUUAUUGACAAACACGAACACAAACACAGACACAGACACAAAACACAUAUUUGCGCUGUCAGUUCGAAUUUGUACAUUUUACGUGAGCUGCAGACAACAAACAACAAACAAAACAAACCAACAACAGCAACAACAACAAUUGAGCACUUGUGGCUAUCGUAACCCCCUAAAAGUAGCCAGUUUUUUAUAGUUUAAAAUUUACGUAGUUCAUAUAUUAAUGCAAAUCAUUUUCUAUAAUACACAGUUUCAAUUACACACAACACUACACACACAUAUAUAUAAAUAUAUAUAUAUAUAUACUAAUUUGUAUUUGUAAUGCUUAAAAGGUAUUGAACUGUGUGUGCGACAUAUCGAUUGGCGAAUAUUCCCUAAACUGAUUUCAAUAUUUAGGAAUUCGCCUGCUCGCACAUUGUUUACCUUUUACUCUCAAGUGGAAUCCAUGUCGCAUUGGACAACAUAAUUUUAAACAAUUGUAUGUAAAUGUAAAGAAUAAAGUUUACCAAUGAUAAAAAUA